AAUCGGCUGCCUCCCUCCCACUCAGGAAGAGAGCUAUUUCCAAUCUGAUACACCGGACAUGUAGGCAGACUGCUAGAGUUCCUUUAUGGACUAAAACAACAGUAAGUUUGAGUGGACCUUUACAGCAUCUCCCCAAUCCAUGGUUAACAGAAUGCCAUUGACACUAUACACUUUCCUUCUAACUCUAACAUUUCUGGCGUCAAGCAAAUCCGAAAUAUGUAAAGAUGAAGGAAUUAAUUUUGAAAGAACCUAUGUAGCAGAUGGACAGCCAGUUUAUGUCACCUGCCCUUUGAUACUGGAACUCCCUGAACUUCAUUUUAAUAUUUCCUGGUACAGAAAUGACUCCCAAAUUCAAAUGAGUUUUGACAAUAAGUUAAGAGUUCAUCAAGACGAAAACCUUCUCAAGUUUAUUCCUGCAAGUUUGGAAGAUUCAGAGUAUUAUAUGUGCGUUAUCAGAAACACCACACAUUGCUUCCAAAAGCUGGUAAAAUUAGAAGUGUUUAAGUAUGAUGACGGCUUGUGUUACAGCAGCUCAGCAUUGUAUGUAUUCAAAGAUUUGAUGGUUCAGACGAUCAAUAUACGUUGCCCAGAUUUGGAAAAUUAUAUUGAUGCCAAGAGUCGUAAGCUUAAAUGGUUUAAGGAUUGCACCCCUUUGGAUGGCAACGCUGAUAAAUAUUUUUCAGUAGACAUUUUCUUAACCAUUAAUAAUGUGACACAACAGGAUGAAGGAAAGUAUACGUGUGAGGCAUCUUUUUAUUAUAAUGGUGCAAGCUAUACCAUUUCACGUACUGGUGAUCUUGCCUUAAAAGCAUUACCGAUACAAAGUUCUCCUGCCAUCAUAAGGCCAACAAACAACAUUUUGACUGUUGAGUUGGGAUCCCCAGUGAGUCUCGUCUGUGAAGUGCUAUACAAAAAAAAAGUAUUUGAAGUAGACUUUAUAUAUUGGUCGUUUGAUGAUAAUUGGAUUGAUGAUUAUGAUGGCUUCAAUGAAAGGGUUAUACUUGGACUUCCAUACAAUAAAACUACAGUGGAAGGCUAUGUGUCUAUCCUUGAGCUUAACUUUACAGAAGUUAAAAAAGAUGACUAUGGGAGAAAAUUCAUUUGUACAGCCUAUACUGGAGUAAAUCCUAUAGCCUAUGUUAUGCUUAAGCAACCAGAUCCUAAUUUGCAGGGCUUCUUGAUUGCAUUUUUUCUAUCAUUGGUGUUUGUCGUCAUUAUCCUUUUAAUACUAUUCAAGAUUUUCAAGGUGGACGUCGUUCUUUUUUAUCGCAGCAUCAGUCUCUCAAAAGCAAGCCUGAAAGAUGGGAAGUUCUAUGAUGCUUACAUUAUGUAUCCAAAAGAUACAAAAGGAACCAGCUCCUUCACUAUGGAUGUCUUUGUAUUAAAAGUUCUACCUGGGGUUUUGGAGAGGCAAUGUUCUUACCGGCUCUUCAUAUUUGGCCGCGAUGAUAUACCAGGACAAGCCACUGUUGAUGCCAUAGACGAAGCUAUCGCUAAAAGUAGAAGACUUAUCCUUGUUUUAGGGAACACCUCUAGUGGAUUGGAGAAUGACUUUGAGCAACAAAUUGCAAUGUACGAUGCUCUUAUCCGGAAUAAAAUUAAGGUUAUCUUGGUUGAAGUUGAAAAGAUUUCAGAUUACUCAAACAUGCCAGAAUCUAUCAAAUACAUCAAACAAAAGCAAGGUGUGGUCAGAUGGAAAGGAGAAUUCACAGAGGCAGAACUUUCCCCAAAAACAAAGUUCUGGAAAAACAUUCGAUAUCGGAUGCCUCCAGAACAGCAUCAGCUUUCAAAAGACUCAAAUUACAUACCAUCAGAAGAUGUGGAUGUGUAGCACACAGUCUGUGAAGAAGAAUUAAUAGAAAGUGAUGACUGAAGAGAACAGUUUUCUAUCAAUGGCAUACUACAUGACACCUGCACUUCUAAAGCACUUUGUACAGAAAUUGUUAAAAAAAAAAAAGUGUUUUUUUUAAAGUUUGACUCCUCAUAUGUUAUGUGCGCUAUGCGCCAUACAGGAUAAAUACAUGAACAAUACUUACUUCUCCUCAAAUGUAUGUUUGCCAUCAAUAUUAAAGAAAAUUCCCAGGAGAUCAUGUCUAUCAUAAUACAGACAUUUUUUGGGGAUCCGAAAGGACUAUGUUUUUCAAAAAUGUUGCAUUUAAUAAUGUGGAUGCAAUGCAAACUCAAAAACUGAUUACACAGAGCAAUUUGUUGCACCAAAAGCAGAAUAUCUUCAGUAUUUUGCUGGUGUUUAAUCUACACAAUGUUUGACGGACCUUAAGCAAUUGAGUUGUAUAUAUGAUCUACAUGUAAAUAUUAUAACUAUAUAGACUGCAAGGUUUUUUUAAAUUUCUUUUUUUUUUUUUUAAAUUGUGAAAAAGACGAUAGACUAGGUUUUUUCAAACUUCAUGGUAAUCGGAUAAUUCAGACUGCAAAUCAUUAACAUCAGGUUCAUUUUAGGAUUUUAUUUGUACCCAUAGCUUUAACUGUCAACUAGAAUCUGAUACAAUUUUUCACUAAGUUAUGAAUCCACAUCAAUCCAGACAUAUUGAAUUGCCUAUUUUUUUUUUCACCCUGUGAAUCCAGACUGGAGGAAUGUUCUAUUCAACUCCCUAAUUGACAGGCAACUAUAGGAACGCCAGAUGUUGGGGACUUCAUCUCCCAUAAUGCUCUGACUGCCGUAAUGCUGACAAAGCAUCAUGAGAGAUGUAGUCCAAUACCUAGAGUGCCAAAGGUUGCCUGUCCUAAUUGGUGCCUUGUUAUAGCUGUAAUUUGAGUACAAUCGGCAGUACUGGUAUUUAUGAAAAUAGUUCG